AGAUAUAUUAUUAAAAAACUUCAAAAUUUACAGAAGAACCCGUGAAAGUAAUAUUUUAUACAUAUAAUUUUGAGUGUUUAUAUUUACAUAAAUAAGCCUUUAUUAGGGUAGUUUUUAGUAUUUAACCCCCUAUAAUUUUGUGCAUUAUGUUUUCUUGAAUUUUCAUCUUUGCUAUGUCCUCUUAUGCACUACCCUUUCCCAAAGAUUACCUUACCACUAACAGCUUGCCAAUAUUUCUUUUUUGUUUCUGUGUGUCCCUGCAGGGUUGAAAAAGCUAACGCUCAAGUGAUCACUAGGAGCCGUACGGGUAAUUUACCACCUGCACGUCCCACUAUCGAUUCCGCCCACGAGCCGCCAUCAAAGAUAACAGUCACGACUAAGGCAACACCCGAAGAGAUCAAGGAGAAGAUGGAACAACAGUUACGCAUGCAAAGAGCAGCGCACCAGCAAAAAAGAGCACUCGAAUUGAAGAAUUUGCCGACCGGACAGGUCAUCAAGGUGGUGGGAAGUCCUGCACAAGCGGCCAGUGCUACCACUUCUACUAGUACUACUACUACUACUAGUGUUACAACUACUAAUACUACUACAUCCACUAAAUCAGCAACAUCAAACCCAACACCGAUUCAACCGAAAGGUAGGUGGUAUGGGUAGAAAAAUAUGUUGUACUG